UUUUAGGAAUGGGUCUGAAACAUAUUUAGUUUAGUCACGACAGUUACGAAGAAGAGUUGAAAACACCUGAUGAUCUCUUGGAAAAUCCGCUCCAUAUCUCCUGUCGAAAGAUAAUCUACCUCGAAUCUUGAUUUUUGUCUAACUUUGUGUUGUUUCUCUGAAGCCUCUCCAGUUGUAAAUCUCGUAGCCUGUGCUCCGUUUUAUUGCAAUACUAAUAAAUAACGUAACUAGCUGAUAAGGAACUCUUGCACUAUAUUUUUUAUUGUUUCUAUUUAUACAAUUUUACUAUUUUGCACAAAAAUAUUGGUGAAGAUGCACACCACACAGAAGGACACGACCUACACGAAGAUUUUUGUCGGAGGUCUUCCGUACCACACCACGGAUUCCAGUCUCAGGAAAUAUUUUGAAGUGUUCGGAGAAAUUGAAGAAGCAGUCGUGAUUACGGAUAGACAGACCGGCAAAUCUAGGGGGUAUGGAUUCGUGACGAUGGCAGACCGCUCAGCUGCAGACAGAGCCUGUAAAGACCCCAAUCCCAUCAUUGAUGGCAGGAAAGCCAAUGUCAACCUGGCAUACCUGGGGGCAAAGCCACGAGUGAUGCAGCCAGGUUUCACGUUUGGUGUUCCACAAAUUCACCCAGCAUUUAUCCAAAGGCCUUAUGGGAUCCCCGCUCACUACGUCUACCCCCAGGCCUUCAUGCAGCCCAGCGCCAUGGUCAUCCCCCACGCCAUGCAGCCCAGCGCGGCCUCCGCCUCCACGGCCGCCUCCCCGUACAUCGACUACACCGGGGGCGCCUACGCGCAGUACUCCGCCGCCGCUGCCAGCGCCGCCGCCGCAGCCGCCGCCUACGAGCAGUAUCCCUACGCCGCCUCCCCCGCGGCGGCCGGCUACGUAACCGCGGCCGGCUACGGCUACGUUCAGCAGCCCCUGGCGGCCGCUGCGCCGGGUUCAGCCGCGGCCGCGGCCUUCGGUCAGUACCAGCCUCAGCAGCUGCAAGCCGACCGCAUGCAAUAGCAGCCAGGGGACGCGAGGGGUGGGGAGGUCCGAGGGCGCCCUCGGGUGAUUGGCUGUGCAGAGGAAUGGAGGAGGAUGGGUGGAGAGAGAGGCCGGAGGGGUAGGCGUGUGGUUAAGUGACGGAGUCAUUAGGAGGGUGAUGAUGAUGAUGAUGAUGAUGAUGGUGAUGAUGGGAACUCCAUACAGUAGCUUUCCAACUUGCUGUGCUUAAACCAAAUGAAAAAUUGAGGUACCGUACAAAAUUCACAGAACAAAGGACGGUGGAUUUAUCCUUCUGAUUAUUAUCAUUGUUAAUAAUAUUAUUAUUAUUAUUAUUAUUACUGUAGUAGAGUAUUUAUUUUUAGAGGAGAAAUGCAACAACUAAUCACUGUGGUUGUAGCUAGUUGUAAAACAUGGCCUUGUGUCCAAUUGCUGUCAUUAACAUAGGAGAGAGAGCGACACUUAGAUGUGUCUCAAAAGUGUUUUGGUUCUGAAGCCCUUAUAACCUAUAUUUAUUACCACAUUUCAAGGGCUCUCGUCGUUCUGUCUUUUCAAUUGCAUUUGAAGUAAAUUUUCUGAUAAUCAGGGAAAUUGAUCAGUUUCCAGUGUGUUAGUAAAGACAACCUCUGUGUGUCAGGGAAUAGUUGAAAUAACUGUGGAGAAAAGAGUCAUAGCAUGUGUCACACGUUAAGAAUUACGUUUUUAUCUUCCUGAUGCUGAAUGUCCCUUUUUUUCACUCCGUAUCUCGAACUCUUGACCUAUGCAAACUAAACAAUUCACCGGGAGACAAAAAAAACUGCAGGAAUAACCAAAAAUGCCAUCAACUCAUCAAAGCGGAUCACAAACAAUAUGAAGGCAACUCACAAA